GCUUCUGUGUCAUCCUCACCUCUUCCGUCCUCAGCUGGCCCCCACCAGCUCUGUCUGGGAACGGCUCUGGGCUGCUGGCUGAGGUGGCGUUUCCUCCUGCGGCGACAAUGCUGGGGGGGGGGGCCUGGCUGCCUGGCUGCCCGCUUGAGAAGGAGCAGGAGGUGCUGAUGCUUGUCGCCCCUCCUCUGUGUCUCUGUGGGCAGAAGGUGGAGCUGCUCAGCCCUUGGCUUGGCCUUCUGCAGGCGAGAGAGGCUGGACCACGGCAGAGCUUUAAACCAAGCAGCGGGACAGAGUUUCCCGGGAACUCCACAGAGCCGGCAGCUUGCUGGAGGGAGGAGGGAUGCAGCGCGAAUAUCCCCGGCCAGCUCCUCGCUCCACCCUGCCUCCCCUCUGCGAGCCUGAAGGAGGCAGCCGGUUGGCCAUGGGGCUCUCCAGGUACACGGUACCGGCGCCUCUGCCGGGCCUUCGCACGCAGCCGGCCGUGGAAGGCACCAAGCCCCCCUACAGCUACAUCGCCCUGAUCACCAUGGCCAUCCAGAGCACCCCGGAGAAGAGGAUCACCUUGAACGGCAUCUACCGCUACAUCAUGGCCCGCUUUGCCUACUACCGGGACAACAAGCAGGGCUGGCAGAACAGCAUCCGCCACAACCUGUCGCUCAACGAGUGCUUCGUCAAGGUGCCCCGCGACGACAAGAAGCCCGGCAAGGGGAACUAUUGGACCCUGGACCCCGACUGCUACAACAUGUUCGAGAACGGCAGCUUUCUGCGCCGGCGCCGGCGGUUCACCCGCAAGCGAGGCCCAGCGCGGGCCCCGGCGGGCAUGGAGGGCCCCAGAAAACAGCCCAAAGGUCUGCCCAAGCUGGCUAGCCAGAUUUUCUCAGGGAAGACAAUCAAGACAGAAAGCGGUAUGUCUUUGAGCCUGCUCCAGAGCUCCUGCCAAGUGACGUUGGGCACGGAGAAAUCCUGGCCCUUGGAGGCCCCUGCCGUCGCUGGCCAAAGCAGCGGUGGCCCAGCCCUCCCUUGCCAUGAACAUCUGGACUCUGGAGGCCUGGCUUGUGCCAAGGUCUACACGCCGAGGCCUCGGCAGCUGUCCCUGCAUCCGCCACAGGGCCUGUCUGGGUCCAAACCUGGACAGUACGACCAGGAGCCCUGCUACCCGGCCCUCCUGGAUUGUGCCCAGGUGAAGGAGGCUGCUCUUGAGGACUUGGAAGCCACCCCUCUCGUGCAGGGCGCUCAGCUGGGCGGCCAGAUAGCACAGCUGACCACCCAGCCAAGCACAGACGUCAAGGAGAUUCGCCAGGGCGCCCCCAAGACACCGCAGGAGCCUUCCAAGAGCGGGCAAGAAGGGAAGGAAGUGGCCCCAGUAUUCGGCCAGUUGACCCCGUCCUUCCCAAACUUCCUGGGGCCCAGCAAAUCCUCCCGGCCCUGCAGCCGCCAGCCAUCCCCAGGUUGCCUGCCCAGCCUUGAAGGCGAGGGCUACCCCAAGCCAUCGGUGUUGCCCGUCUUUGGCUACUCUGGCCCCGAUUCCCUGAGCGGGAACUACCAGUGCCGCCUGCAGGCUUUGAACUUCUGUGUCAACGAGCACGGGUGCAGCACAGCUUUGGAACACCUCUUGACGGCGUCCACGGCGUCCACCCCUUCGGCCCCCGUCCAGCCGCCCCCCUUCAUGCAGCUUCAAGGGGAUCAGGAAGCCUGGGCUGGGGGGCCCUUCUCCCUCCAAGGAGGGAGCGGCUACCAGCUGGGGCUCCCCCACUGUCUCUACCGGACACCUGGCAUGUUCUUCUUUGAAUGACGGGGCUGGAUGGGGGUGUGCCUGGGGGAGCAGACUGAACCGUCCUCCAUGCCCAUCACUUAACCUGCUGGAGGGCAGGGGUUCAACACCCACAUAAGUGACUGACUCCUGCCUGGCAGAGCCAAGAGGGAUGGGAAAUGGCAGGCGCCACCCGCAAAAACAAGCCCUCCCAUCUGAAACCUUUUUUUAAAAUUGGCUAGCGGAAUAAA